AUGAUAAUAUUGUAUCCAUUUGCAGACGGAGAUAAGAAGUAUCUGGUUGGCAAUGAAUACACCAUCGCUGAUAUCAUUUGCUUCCCUUGGUUCCACCAGCUCCGUACAGGCUACAAACAUUCAAGUGGUAUUGCCGCAGCUGAUUUCCUAAGCCUGGAUAAGUACACACAUGCGAAUGCCUGGGCGGACCGCAUUGCCGAGAGGAAAGGUGUGCAGCAGGGCUUGCAAGUGUGCACUUGGAAAGCAGGGUCGUCCGCAAAGCCAUGGUUAGACGAUAAGAAGGAAUGAAAGGUUUCAUAAGCUUAUAUUUAUAUAUAGACUUGAGCAGGUGAAUAAACACAUACGCCACAGACUGGGAUAUAUAUAUAUAUAAAACGUGCGAAAAAGUAUGAAUGCACUUACAUGGGUCUGCUUUUGAACAAUGAAAUAAAGCAGCGACAAGAAAAUGAGUUGUGCGGCUGUAAUACCCGCCACUGCAUGGGAAUAAUGAACACGUCCAAAGUUGAAGAACACAUGCUCCGUCGGUAAUAAAACUAUAUAUCAUUCCAUGACGGUAGGCCGCUCUGGAUUGACUUGUGAGUAGAUGUCGUAGACGGCUCGGUCUGUAUACGGUUCAGUCAGUUCUAGCGCCAACUAUUUCUACUGCCUUGCAAAGUAAGCUGGCAUUUAACGUCUUCCAUCGUUAAAACAGCUACGAAUACCGAAUGCACGUGUAUCAAUGUGCUCGUGCUCACUAUCACAAGAUAAUAAAACUACUGAACCCCCAUCUCACCAAAGUAGAAAAUUAAAAAUCCGAUUUGUUGCUUCGAUGCUAUCGUUAUUUUAUAUAAAGUCCAUGUUUUAGCACAUGAAGCACUUCUACGAAGAACUUCAGGUCUAAUUCAACAAGCAAGUGCCUUUUCUCA